AUGGGUUCUCAUGCAUUUCGUUCUCCGGCGAUUGUGAAGGCUCAGGGCCUUCCGUACUUCACUCCCGCCAACAAUGCGGGAGGGGCCUUUAACCCUGAAGACCCCAACAUACCGACAUUGUUCCGCCCAUUGCGUAUUCGAGAUGUGACACUCAAGAACCGUGUGAUUGUGGCACCUAUGUGUACAUACUCUGCAGAGUCAGAUCCAUCUUCGCCCGCUGUGGGCGCUCUGACAGAUUUCCAUGUUGCUCACCUUGGGCAUUUUGCUGUCAAGGGUGUCGGCUUGAUCAUUAUCGAAGCCACAGCUGUACAAGCUAAUGGCCGUAUAUCGCCCAAUGAUUCUGGCCUCUGGCAGGAAGGGACCGACUCUGAGCAAUUCAAGGGACUUCGCCGUAUAGUGGAUUUCGCUCACAGCCAAGGUGCCAAAAUUGGCAUCCAGCUGGCUCAUGCUGGCCGCAAAGCAAGCACAGUCUCCCCUUGGCUGGCAUCUCAAGCUAAGCAGCGUGGAAUCAAAGCCGAUGAAAGCGUCGGAGGCUGGCCGUCCAAUGUGGUUGGCCCCUCCGGUGGUGAGGAGCACAUAUGGGCGCCCGGUGAUCAAUUCUGGGCCCCCCGUGAGAUGUCUACUGCCGAGAUCGAGGAGCUGGUUCAAGCCUUUGCUCGGAGCGCGGAACUCGCUGUUAAAGCCGGUGUAGACGUUAUUGAAAUUCAUGGUGCGCAUGGUUACCUGAUUCACCAAUUCCUGAGCCCCGUUACCAACCGACGAACCGACAAGUAUGGAGGCAGCUUUGAGAAUCGCAUCCGAAUCGUUGCGGAGGUGACCACUGCAAUUCGUGCUGUAAUCCCUACUGGGAUGCCGUUGCUCCUCCGUAUCAGUGGCACCGAUUGGUUGGAGAAAGAACCUAUCGCGACACAGACUGGAAGUUGGGACAUGCCCUCAUCAAUCAAGCUAGCUAAGAUGCUGCCCGAUCUGGGAGUUGACCUCUUGGACGUGAGCUCCGGCGGAAACCACAAAGACCAACGGAUUGAACCUCAUACGAAUUACCAGAUUGAUUUGGCUGGCCAAAUACGUCGCGAGAUUCGUGCUGCUAAUCAAAAGACCUUGGUUGGAGCCGUCGGUUUCAUUACCGAAGCAGAGUCGGCCCGUAACAUUGUGCAGGGGGCGGAAGAAGAAGCACAGGCAAACGAACAAAUAUUGACCGGUCAAGAUCCCAAAGCUGAUGCUGUAUUAAUGGCUCGUCAGUUCUUGCGAGAGCCCGAAUGGGUGUUGACUGCAGCGAAGACGUUGGGCGUGAAAGUAUUGCUCCCAUGGCAAUUUGCUCGGGGCUUGCUGUGA